CCACGGUCCACAACUCCGACUCUCUUCCUUCUCGCAGGCCCAGCACCAACUUUCCAGUCUUCAGUCCAUGUCUAUACCGUCGCGCAAUCCUUUCUCAGCGCGUCACGGAACUCGUCCCUUCUACCAUUGACUAACCCAGCACCCCAACGCGAGCUUGCCCCUUCAAAACGCGCUCACUGGGUCCUUCCGCCCGCGUCAAUUCCAAGGCCUCACCCACCACCACGCGCCGUAACGCGUGAAAAGAGCCAUGGAGGCCGACGCUGUUAGCAGAUAUCGCUCCCGCAUCCUUAGAGAAAUGAACGCCAACCGCGAAAACCCUUUCAACUCACCACCCUCUUCCACUGGCUCCCACGGCACCGUCAGCCCAACUCUAUCAUCCGUCUUUUCAGAUCCCGACGGCGAGUCCACGCGAAGACUCAACGAGGAUAUUGCCCGCGUUACCGCCCCCCGCAACAACCCGCCCAUCAACUGGGAGGCUGCCCACCGCAAGUGGCCGGAGUUCUUUGGCAUGCCCAAGUCCCGCAACGCACCCAUCUUCGACGACCACACCGACACGCGACCUCUGAGUGCAGAGUCUAAGGAGAACAAGCCCCCAGCCGCGGUCGUUAAGUUCGCCGCCGACGACUCUACGCAGAAUAUCUGGACGGGAUCCAACCGGACCCGCGCCGAGAUGCAGCCUAGCGCCGACACCGAAUCCGACCUGUCCUCUAUCCUUGCCAGGUCUCCCGUCCGAACACUGUCAAACGCGGCCUUGAAGAUCACUCGCAACCCCAGCCCUCUGGCCAAGGUCCAGACUCGCGUCCCUUCAGACACCAUGAAGGAACAGCAACAUCAGCGCCAAGAGUCCCUCUCGGAUGCGCUUGAACGCCUACGCAACGUGUCGCAAACUCCCAAGAGCUACGAGCAGCAGGAGCCCGCGCAUGAUCGUCCUUCCCCCCAAAUGUCGUCAGCCAAAUCGAGUUUGACGGCUGUCCCUCCUUCACCAGAAUCCAUGCACAGCCCUAGUCACAAUGAGACUAAUGCUCGGUCAUUCUUCAUGCCCGAUGUCUCUCACCUCGGUGACUUUGUCACCGGCACUCUUCGAUUCAGUGGUUCGAUGAGGAACGGUGUUCCCAUCUUUGUCAAGAACGGCAAGGUCCAUGACCUAAAGGACAAGUACUCCGUCAACCACCAUGCUGAGGUGGACGGACUUGAGGUGCCCGAAGAUGAGGAAAAGAUCUUUGUGUCCAUGGAUAUGAUCCGCGAGGAGAUCAUCUCUCUGCAAGAACAUUACGACAAGGUGCAAGAAUACGCCGAGAAUCUCCAACAACAAGUUGAGCAACUAGAGGCCCAGCUCAAGUCCCGAAAACACAUCCACGAUGAUUUUAGCUCUCAUCAGAACGAGCAGCUGAUGAUUCAGAAACACCGAUUGGAGGUUGAGGUGUCCACGCUGCAGUCUCGACUGGAGCAGGUCUCACGAAAGACCAGUCUUAACGAGAUUGAAAACGAUGCCGUGUCCCAGGAGAGGGAUCGCGCUGUACGAAAGCUCCAAGAGGCGUGUGAGGAUAUCAAUAAGCUUACCCGCAAGUUGAGCACUAAGGAGAAGGAACUCGAAACCACUCACCGACAACUCGAGUCAACAGAGCAAAUUCGGCACGACAAUGACACCUUCCGUCGGGAUCUCAUGUCGUUGAAGCAUGGCCGAGAUGCCCUGGAGCUUGAAAACACGUCACUCGAGGCAGCUAACAAGACUCUCCGACAAGAGAACGAGAGUCUCAAACUGGAAAUCGAGUCAUUGCGUUCCGGCAGCAACAAGACCCGCCAGGAUCAGGAGUCUCUGAUCACUGAGAACCGAUCACUGCGGUCAAACAACAAGACCUUGAUUGAGGAGAACGAAGAUCUCCGAGAGAAUCUGGACGGUGCUCAGCAUGAGCUUGAUGCCGCUAGAGAGGAGGUUGAGACUCUGCAGCAGGAGAUGCAGAACCAUGGUCAGGAGAAGAUCUCGCUCCGCGAGGACAACGAGAGUCUGGUGCGACACAACGAGAAGUACUUUAGCGAGAACAAGAUCCUCCGUCGGGAGAACUCUGGCUUCGAGCGUAGUAUUCACGAUAUGCACGACGAAAACGUGAAGCUAAAGGACGAGGUGGAAUUUUUGAAGCAGCAACUGGAUCAUUGCCGACCUAUCCCUAAGGAAGACUUUUCUGCUCAACUUGACGAGGAGACUGAGGAGAACAUGACAUCGGCAUUUUUUAUUCCGGAUAUCACGAUCAACACUAAUGACACCAACCCGGUUGAGAACACUGAGACCAAGGACCUGCCAGAGUUGACGGCCCAGAGCACCAAGUUGCCGACCAUCCCUGACGUUACCGAGCAAGAGACGCGAAAUACGACCAAGCGCGAAACAACAUCCCAUACCGAGACUCGUGAGAUCCAACAUAAGUCUCGCAGCAAGAGCAAGAGCUCCUCUGCGAAGACCGGCCAAAGCCAGAAGGUCGCCUUUUCGAUACCAGAAAAGUCGUCGAAUAAGACCAGCUCCAAUGUUGCGAACCAGGGAAGCAAGCGUCGCAAGGACUCGCAGACCAGUCGCCGGGCUUCGUCCAAGGGUGCCACAGUUGAAGAAGUCGACCAGUUUGAUGAGAAUGAUGACACCACCGGCCUGCAGUCCGUGGAUAACACCACUCAGACUCAGGACUACUCCAUCCAGCUGAACGUGGUCCCCAAGGCCCGCAAGGAGUUGAAGACCAAGGAGCAGAAGCAGGCUACUCAGGAUUUGACCAGCCAGAGCCAGAAGUCACAGCACGUCCGCUCUCAGUCGCGAUCGUCUCAACGACACACUGUUGUGUCCGAGUUCACCGCCGAUAGCAUCAGGAGCGUGGACAAGGACACCUGCGCCACCCUCUCCAUUGAUGCCCGCCGCGUCCUGGAUGAUCUGUGCGAGCAUAACUGUCGCAAUUGCACUGUCUGCAGCCGCAUUACUUCCCACCGCGGCAUCCUGACCUCGGCGGACCUGGCUGUUGGCAAGAAGCGUGUCACCGUUUCCCGACCGGUCCCUGUCACUGACCGUGAUAUCUCCACCGAGGACCCUACCAUGCGUCCCGCAAAUUCUCCUGGUCACGCUCUCGCGAUGGUCAUCAAGGGCCUCGAGGAUGAGUCUCACCACCUGCAACUCGAGCUCUCCCAUAUCCAGGCACAAUACAACGGCCGCGACAAGGCCCUCGGUCGCCGGGAGCGCAUCAGUCUCGCUGAGAACAUUCGCACCCUACUCAAGCGCCUCGAGGCCAAGAACGACCAGAUCUAUAGCCUGUACGACGUCCUUGAGGGACAGAAGGCCGCAGGUCAGGCCAUGUCUGAGGAGGAGAUUGAGAUGACCGUCCUCAACAUUACGGGCAUGACCGUCCGAGAUGUCACCCGUGGUAGCGACCAGCUCACCUGGGAGGGAAUCCCGGAGCUUUGAAAACUGAUGCGGAAACGAAUGUUUGGGAGCGGAAGAGGCGUGCUUCAAUUGGAAUCACCCAGUAACUCGGCGUUUUUUGGGUUUGGAUGAGGCAUCCGCCCUAUUUGGAUGUUGCGCUUUUUUUGCAAGGGGCCGUCGCAGGCUGGAUGGCAUUUUCGGGGAGUUUGGGAGAUAGGAGUGUUUGUAUCGUCUCUGUACACUUAUGGCUCGUCGUACUGGAGCUGGGAAUGACCUUUGAAAUGAAUGAUUAAUUCACAUCACACCAAAAGAUUUUGCUUUGCCGUUGUGACGAUGCCAACAUAUGCUUUAAAGUAAACAGAGAAAAGGUAGGUAUCCUUGAUUCAG